GGAGGCAGCAGUGCGGAAGUGUCAGUCAUGGACGAGUACGAGAGUGUUUUAUUAGUUAAAAAUGAGGUAUUUGUCUAUAGAAUACCUCCCCGAACGACGAAUAGAGGAUACAGAGCAGCAGACUGGAACCUGGGCACCCCAGACUGGACGGGCCGAAUGCGCCUUGUGAACAGAAAGCAAGAGUGCAUCGUUAAGCUCGAGGAUAAGACUACAGGGGAAUUGUUUGCCAAAUGUCCCAUUGACAAGUACCCGGGCGUAGCAAUUGAGCCAGUUACAGAUUCGUCGCGGUAUUUUGUGUUGAGAAUACAGGAUGAAGGGGGGCGAUCGGCAUUCAUUGGGGUUGGCUUCGGCGACCGUUCAGACAGCUUUGACCUGAACGUGGCAUUGCAAGAUCACUUCAAGUGGAUUAAGAAGGAAGAAGAAGCUGAGAAGGAGAAAGAGGAAGGGAAGCCGUCACUCGAUCUCGGCUUCAAGGAGGGAGAAACCAUUAAAAUCAACAUGAAGAUUACGAAAAAGGAAGGCCAGGAUGCCACCAGCAGGCCCAAACCCAAGGCUCCGGCUGGAGGUGGUCUGGGCCUUCUCCCCCCUCCCCCUGGAGGAGUGAAGCUGGCCCCACCACCCGGCGGUGCUGGGGCUGCCACGUCCUCUCCCACCGCCACCCCCUCUGCCCCCUCAAAUGCUGACUUACUAGGUGGUCUUGUCGGCCCCCCGAGCACAAGUGUCGCUCCACAGGCAGCAGGCAAUGCAGAAUCCUGGGGCGACUUCACUAGUGCUGCACCAAAACCACCUCCCCCUGCUAGCAACUCAGCCAGUGGAGCUUCAGGAGGCAGCGGCUGGGUCACCUUUUAGAUACUACAGCAGAGAUGGAUAUACAGCUGCAACAUGGAUGCUAUGCAUUAGAAAUUUGGAAAAUACAAUUUUGGCUUAGAUGAUAUGUAUAUGUAUAUGUGUGUGUGUGUGUAAAGGUUAAAAAAAAAGAGGGUUUAGGUUCAGACAUUUUUUCUUGUCUUGGCUAGAAAAUUGUACAGAAUGAAAUUUCAAAUUGAGACACAUGCCACGAUAGGAUCCAUACUUUUAGUCUUCCCUACAGGAAGAUUAGCAAAAAACAUGCCUCUUAUUUGCUAUGCCAGAUUUUUUCCCCUUUCUCCUUUUUUUUUUUUCUUUCUUUUUCUUUUUUUCUUUUUUUUCCAAGAAUGCAGAAUGGGGAAGUAAUGCUCAUAAAUGCCAGAGAUUAUUUUGUGCUCAGUAUAUUCAGAAUAGGCACAUUUGAGGAACUAAUUGAAACCACCAGACAGCAGCAGCAAGUGACUCGUAUUUUCAGCUUUCUUGCUUAGGGGUUAAAAUUGCAAAGGCACUAGUCAUGUGGAGUAAGAGCAUAUCAGCAUAUACUUUUUUUUCCCUCAUAACCAAAAGUCCCACAGAAAGGAACAUUGCCAUGAAUAGUUAAGAGACUUAUUGCACUUGCUGUGUGAAUGGUACAUUAAUAAAUGCUUAGAGAAAUGCACACUUCCCAUUGGCCAUCUGAGAUCAUAAUCUGUAAUAUUUAUCAUCUUGAAGGAGAGACUUGUUCAAGGCAUUCACCUAUUCGAUGUUCUUUCUUUUCUUCUUUUUCAUUCUACAAACACAUUUUUUUUUUUUUUUUUUUUUAUGAUGAAAAUUGUCAUAUACUCCCAUUCCUGAAAAAUCAAUGAUAGCCCUCAUGGUAUGUUCAGUGUUGUUAAUGGAAGAGUUUUACUGUUAUAUAAUUUUAGGUCAAGGGCAAAAGUAAUCAUUAGCAAUUACUACAUAUCUAGAAAGUAAUCAGGUAUUUUAAAUGAUUAGGUAAGUGACCAAUCAUUUGUAGUGCAUGUAUGGCAUAACGUAACUCUUCCCAGAUAGAGGGAAGGUCCAUAGAAAUCCCCUUUAUGACAAAGUGGACAAUAAUUAAAAUUGUUUGGGUGAGCGUAGCACUGUUACAGUUGUAUCGACUUUCUUGUUUUCUAUAUAUUAACUAGUUAUAUAUUCCUUUAGCUGAGACUAUGUUAUAAAUUCCUAUUGAAAGCAGUAAACUUUGUUAUGUAAUUGGAUUUUUAUGUUCUAAAUGCCUAUUUGAUUUUUGGGGUUAUACUUUUUCUUCUUCUUCUUCUUCUUUUUCCUUUUUCCAAAGUUGUACCAUUAUGGAUUGCUCAGAAAUCUUAUCGAGAGAUACAGAUUCAUCUCAGCAUGCUCAUUUGUAUUGAAGAAAGUGGUCAAAAUAUCCAUAUACCUCGAUUUGUAAUUGACUCAUGUUGCGAAAAAGUUCUUUUCGUACUGCAGACUGAUUUACAUUUAGUCUUGUGAAUGAUGGUUAUUAACAUACACAUGAAGUAUAAAAGUGUUAUGUUAAUAUGCAGAACAUGUACACAAUUAAUUUGAGACGUUUUAUAUCCGACUCUAAGAUACAGGGCAGUUCUAAUUUUUAAAAAAGAUAUGAUUGUUUAACAAACUGUAAAGAGUUGUAUUUGAUAUAUUUUUAUUCCUUAUAAGGUUAAUAUAUAAUUCAUCAGCAAUUCCAUGUACCUAGUUCAUUGUUGUCAAUAAGGAAGUGUUACUGAUAUUUUUAGUACUGUCAUCAGCAUUGGAAAAAAAGGAAAAAAAAGUAUAAUCGUAAUUCAUGUAUAUGAAAUAUUGACUGUUUAGAAACAUAGUGUAGAUAAUAACUGUAGUGUAUUUGGAAGACUAUGUGUUCUUCCUUUCCCUCAUAGGGAAGGUAUGAGUUGUUUCUUAGAGACAUUAAAAGCUUCCUGUGCAAGCCAGAAACCCCUGUUGUGUUUCAACAAACGUGAUGAAGAAUCAUUCCUUUGUGUGUGGCUAAGGACAGGAUUGAGUAUUGGGGUGUGAUGUGCGUAGGUUCCUUCCUUCCUUCCUUCGUAGAGUAAUAGAGAGAGAAGCUUAGUUUGUAUUUAGAGAUGUAAAGUAUUUUUACAACAUAGUUGCAAGAAAGAUUUUUUUUUUUUUUUUUCCCUUUCUUUUUUUUUGUGCACUUCAUUAGGAAAAGUUUAUUUGUAUUAGGCCUAAUUAUAUGCUGUUUUAUAGGUAGUUUGUUUCCUUCUUUUAUGGAAAGGGUGUCAGGGAAGGGAUGUAUAACAGGACAUGAAUUUAUUCAGAUUUUAUAAGCAAUAUUAUUUUCUUUAGUAUUGGGUACAAGAAAUGGGGUAAGUAUAUAACAUCUAUAUAAUAUGAAAGCAAAAAACAGAUAUAUAUUUUGACCAUUUUACACAAAACGGGACUAAAAUCGAGAAGCCAGUUUUCCUGAAGUUCAGACAUGGAAGUCCAGGGAAAUGAGGGAUUGAAUAUGUGUAAUUUUUUAAAAAUAAGUAUUUCUGUUUUUAUUUGUGAUUAUUUUCUUGGAGGGGAGUCUAGCUAGGGUUAACGAAAGGAAAUUUUUAUUUUCGUGUUCUUGUUGAAAAUUAUCUGUAGUCGUACAGUUAGUUUCUUGAGUAAGUAGGGACAUUUUACUAGUUUCGUCAUCCACAUUUUGCGUUCAUUUAGAUUGGUUUUAUUCAUAUUAUGAUAAAUUUCAUAUAUUUUAUAUUUUUCACAUCAAUGUCAAGGAAAAAAUAAAUUGUUGAAAAAUAAGAGGUGGCUUCGCAUCUGUGUGAUUUUUUAAUUGUCCUUGUUAUUGUUGUUGGACAUGCUCUCUCAAGAACAAUAUUGGAAUAGAAAUAAUGGUGAAAUACUUGUUUAUCAGUAUGCAUAUGCACAGAGUUUAUUCUGAAUUUUAAAUACUUUUUAUUUAUAUAUAUUUUUUUUUUUGAAUGAAUACCAUUUCUGUUGUGUUCAUGUGAAAAUAUAUUGUGAUGGAACUUAAUACAUCCACUUCGUUUAAGGCAAAAUGAAGUGAAGGGGUUCAUCAUAAUACACAUUCCUACAGCUAAACAACUGAAUAAAAAGUUUGUAAUCAUUUCUAUAUUAAUUUCCUGUGUUCAGUUACCAUGAGUUCAGUUACAGGCCUAUACUACUACAUUAUAUUAGUAGUGUUAUAAUAUUGUUUGGUCUUUUUUUUAUAUACCAUUGUUACUUAUUGUCAUUAUCAUCAUUAUAAAGGUUUUUAUUUCCACUCAAUAUUAUAUUUGUAAAUAAGUAGCCUCUGUUAUUAUAGUUUUAUUGGCAUUGUUCAUCUUUUUCCAUUAUUUUGCACUUGAAUCUUCCUCUGACAAACUUUGUACUUACAGUAUCGCAUGAAUAUGUGAUUUAUUUUUAAGAUACAAUUUUCAAUCUUUAUGCCAUGGCCACUUGCAACAAAAAAAGUUGUUUGUAGUUAAAGAAUGAAUGUGAUAGUUCUAUUUUUUUGUCUGGAAAUCACAUUGAAGCAUAAUGUUUGUGGUAGUUGAGAUGUUUUUGAGGAGAAAGGAAAGUUCCUGGUGUAUAGAAGCACAUUUUAUUAGUAAGAGGAAAAUUAGGCGGUAUUUUGUAGCCUUGUGUUAUUUUUGUUUUAUAAUUGUUAUUAUGUUUUUAAGUAUUUUCUUUGUUUACAAUUGGGUAUUGCAAUUUGGAAAUUGGGAAAAUUGUUAAACUCAAACUCAAUUUACAUGAAGUACCUAAACUACAGAGAAUAAAAGUAGUGAAAGAAAGAAAGAAAGAAAUGAGCGAUUUUAUUUGGAAGCUCCGUUUUAUUUUCUAUUUGUGUGAUUGGUUUAUGUGUUCAGCUGUAGUCAGAAUGAUGCAAAUCAUUUUAUUACAACCUUAUUUAUAUAUAUAUAUUUAUUUUUUUUCAUGAAUCGUUACAUUUUACUUUUUUUUAUAUUUAGUUAAUUAUUAGAUUUUUUUUUUUUUUUUUAGAAAGUAGGUACUAUACUCUUAAAGAAAAAAAAAAGGGUUUUUGCUAGGUCACUGUUUAGAUUAUUUUGAUCACUUUGCUGUUGGGCCACAAUGUUAGUGUUGCCUGAAUAAACUUAAAAGGUUUUAUGGUUGUGCAGUUAAGAAUAAAGAUGGAGUUGGC